AUGUGCAUUAAUCAUAACAACAACAUUGAUAUUGAUGAGAAAUAUGAAGAUGGAGGCAAGAACAACGUUGAUGUUUCUAAUAUUAAUAAUCCGGAAUAUGCUAAAACAGCUCUUCAAGCAAUUGAUCAAGUUUCAUCAGAAUUGAGAGAAAUAAGCUUAAAAAUUCAUGAACAUCCAGAAUUAGCAUAUCAUGAAAAAUAUGCACAUGAAUUGUUAGUUACAUAUUUGAAAUCCAAAGGAUUUGAGGUAACUCCAAGCGCAUAUGGAAUCGAAACAGCUUUCACCGCUGAAUUUCAAUCUAAAGCUGGAAAGGGAAGAACAGUGUCAUUUAAUUCUGGAAUAGGUCAUGCAUGUGGCCAUAAUUUAAUAGCAAUAAGCGGUGUUGCUGCUGCAAUUGAAACUGGUGGUGGAAAAAUUGAUUUGAUUGAGGCUGGUGCUUAUGAUAAUGUUGAUAUUUCUUUAAUGGUUCAUCCAGGCACUAUUGACGCAGCAUUUGCAAAUUUUUUCGCAUUAAGAGCUGUCAGUGUAGAAUAUUUUGGAAAGAAUGCACAUGCUUCAGGAAUUAAUGCAUUAGAUGCUUUAAUUUCGGCUUACAGCAAUAUUUCGUUGCUGAGGCAACAAAUUUUACCUACUAAUAGAUCUUUACAACCACGUGUUCAAAAAUGUUUUGAUGCUGCAUCUGUGGCUACUGGAACUAAAGUAAAAACUAAUUGGAGAAGAGAAGUUUGUGAUGUUAAAAAUAAUGGACCUUUAGCUACAAGAUAUGAAUAUUAUUUGACCACAUUAUUUGGUAAAAAAUUCCAACCAAAACAUGAACAAUUAGCAUCACCAAGUGGUGCCUCAACUGAUCAAGGUAAUGUUACAUAUGUGGUGCCUGGUAUAGAACCAGCGUAUGACAUACAUGCAUUACCUGGCAAUUAUAAUCAUACAAUAGGAUUUACUGGAGCUGCUAAAACUAUUUUGGCACAUAAAGAAACCAUUACGGCUUCUAAAGGUAUUACUUUGGUUGGUUUGGAUUUCUUGAUCGAUGAUGAAUUUUCUAAAGAAGUAAAGAGGGUCUUUAAUGAAAGUUAA